AAACAAGUUAUUGGAUUCACUAAGGGUUUUCAUUAUUAUUAUUUUCUUAAUUGAUACAAAUUUGGAAGAGGCAUGAAGGCUCCACCAAAUGGAUUUUUGGCAAAUCCUGCUGAAGGACAGAGGAAGAGUAUCAAUUCAGAAUUAUGGCAUGCUUGUGCUGGACCACUUGUUUCUUUGCCAUCAGUUGGAAGUUUGGUGGUAUACUUUCCUCAAGGCCAUAGCGAGCAAGUCGCAGCAUCGAUGCAGAAGGAGACUGAUUUCGUUCCGAGCUAUCCUAACCUUCCUUCCAAGUUGAUUUGCAUACUCCAUAAUGUCACGUUGCAUGCUGAUCCUGAAAUCGAUGAGGUCUACGCUCAGAUGACUCUUCAACCUGUAAGCAAAUAUGACAGGGAAGCAUUACUGGCAUCUGCUAUGAGCCUCAAGCAAAGUACACAACCUGCUGAGUUCUUUUGCAAGACUCUUACGGCUAGUGACACUAGCACUCAUGGUGGAUUUUCUGUGCCUCGUAGAGCAGCCGAGAAGAUCUUCCCUCCCCUGGAUUUUUCGUUGCAACCACCUUGUCAAGAGCUAGUAGCCAGAGAUUUACAUGAGAACACAUGGACAUUCAGACAUAUUUAUCGAGGUCAACCAAAGAGGCACCUUCUAACUACUGGUUGGAGUGUCUUUGUCAGCAACAAAAAACUUUUUGCUGGUGAUUCCGUUCUUUUCGUAAGAGAUGAGAAGUCCGAGUUUCUCUUGGGUAUAAGGCGGGCUAACAGACAGCAGCCGCCUCUUUCUUCAUUGGUGGUUUCUAGUGAUAGCAUGCAUAUCGGGAUCCUUGCGGCUGCGGCUCAUGCUGCUGCAAAUAACAGCCCAUUUACUAUAUUCUACAAUCCAAGGGCAAGUCCUUCUGAGUUUGUGGUACCCUUGGCAAAGUAUAACAAAGCCACGUAUACCCAAGUUUCUCUUGGCAUGCGCUUUCGAUUGAUGUUCAAAACUGAGGAGUCUGGAGUGCGCAGAUACAUGGGUACGGUUACUGGUAUCAGUGAUCUCGAUCCCGUGCGGUGGAAGAAUUCACAGUGGCGCAAUCUUCAGGUAGGAUGGGACGAAUCUACUUCUGGUGAACGGCCUAGCCGAGUUUCGAUUUGGGAUAUUGAGCCUGUCGUAACUCCUUCCUACAUAUGCCCGCCACCGUUCUUCAGGCCUAGGUUCCCCAAGCAACCAGGGAUGCCAGAUAAGGACGGUGAUGUCGAGGAUGCUUUCAAGAGAGCUAUGCCCUGGCUCGGAGAUGACUUUGGCAUGAAAGAUUCCCCUACUUCAAUCUUUCCCGGUCUGAGUUUAGUUCAGUGGAUGAACAUGCAACAAAAUAAUCAGUUUGCAGCUGCUCAAUCAGGAUUCUUCCCUUCUAUGGUUUCUUCGAAUCCGUUGCAAAACAACCUCAGCAUCGAUGAUCCGUCCAAAUUAUUGAAUUUUCAAACUCCUGCAUUACCCUCUUUGAAUAUGCAAUUUAACAAAGUGAAUCCGAACCAAGUCAACCAGUUGCCUCGGGCACCUAUGACAUGGCCCCAGCCGCAGCAACUCCAGCGGUUAUUGCAAACUCCUAUAAAUCAGAAUCAACAGCAGCAACUAUCCCAACAGCAGUUGCAGCAACAACAGCCGCAAUCGCAUCUACAACAGCAGCCUCAGCCAUCCCUACAGCAGCAGCAGCAACAACAACAAAGACAACAGCCACAACCGUUGCAGCAGCAGCAGCAGCAACAAAGACAACAGCCACAACCGUCGCAGCAGCAGCAGCAGCAAAGACAACAGCCAAAGCAGCCGCUGCAGCAGCAGCGGUUGCAACAACAAUUUGUACCGGCUCAAGUACAUAAUGGCAUCAUUGCCGCAAACCAGACCCCAAAUCAAAAUUUGCAUAAGCCAGGUGUUUUUUCUGAGAUUCAGCAGCAACAAUUACUGAUGAGCAAUAGCCAGUCAACUGAAACUAUCCUUUCCGCUAAUAAUACUUCGUAUCCUUUGACGCCUUUACCUCAAGAGGCACAGAUUCAGCAACAGAUGGAACCACAACCUAACCUUGUACAGAUCCAACCGCAACAGACACAAUUGCAUCAAAAUCUGUCUCAGAGGACACAACAGCAACCACAGAUUCAUCAACUGGCACAGCAGGGCCUCAUCUCAGAGCAACAGCUUCAAUUUCAACUAUUACAGAAAUUGCAGAAACAGCAGCAGUCGUCUCACCAAUUACUCUCACCUACUGGAUCACAGUUGCAAUCUCCAAUGAUGCAGCAACAGCCGAUGCAUCAACAAAGUCAACCAUUGCAGCAGUUGCCUCUUUCUCAGAGUCCACAAACACUUGGCACCAAUGGCUUCUCAACAUCAGUGCUCAUGCAACCUCAACAGCCUGUGGUGAGCCAACCCCCAAGUCAGAACAAACCACUUGUGGCAAUGAGAACCCAUUCUGAUCUAACAGAUGGAGACGCUCCAUCAUGUUCAACCUCACCUUCGACCAAUAAUUGCCAGGUUUCACCAUCAAGCUUUCUAAGCAUUAGUCAGCAAGUACUGCCAAUAUUGGUGACGGAUCCAGUUGUUGAGCCAUCAGGUACACUGGUUCAGGAGCUUCAGAAGCCCGACAUCCGAAUCACACGUGACCUACCUGCCUCUAAAGGUCCAGAACAAUCGAAGUAUAAAGGUCCCGUGCCCGAUCAAUUAGAAGCAUCCUCUUCCGGAACAUCAUACUGCCUAGAUGCAGGCGCCAUCCAACAUAAUUUCUCCCUACCCACAUUUCUGGAAGGCGAUGUCCAAUCACAUCGUCGGAACAAUCUUCCGUUCACACCCAAUAUUGAUGGAAUGGCACCCGACACUUUUUUAUCAAGGGAAUAUGACUCACAAAAGGAUCUUCAAAACCUGCUUUCUAAUUAUAGUGGCAAUCCAAGAGACAUUGACACAGAGAUGUCUACUGCUGCAAUAAGUCCACAGUCGAUUGGUGUGCCAAACCUACCGUUCAAGACUGGGUGUUCAAAUGAAGUUGCCAUAAAUGAUGCAGGAGUUUUAAAUGGCGGAUUGUGGGCCAACCAAAGUCAACGGAUGCGAACAUACACAAAGGUGCAAACGCGUGGUUCCGUGGGAAGAUCAAUCGACAUAACCCGCUACAGAGGGUACGAUGAACUCAGACAUGAUCUAGCCCACAUGUUCGGUAUCGAGGGGCAGAUGGAGGAUCCGCAAAUUUCCGAGUGGAAACUAGUUUAUAUUGAUCAUGAAAACGACAUAUUACUUGUUGGUGAUGACCCAUGGGAAGAAUUUGUAAGUUGUGUUCAGAGCAUAAAAAUACUGUCAUCCACUGAAGUACAGCAGAUGAGCUUGGAUGGUGAUCUUGGGAACACGGCAGUUCCGAAUCAAGCUUGCACUGAGAUCAAUAACGGAAAUGCAUGGAGGGGACAUUAAGAUGAUACCUCAGCUGCCUCAUUUAACAGGUAAAAGUCUCAUACGUGUUCAAUUUAGAAACCUCUGCCAUUAAAUUUUGGCAGAAGGAUCUUGUAUAAUAUAACCUUAUUUAGGGGUAAU